GCCAUAGAUGCGUGCACGAGCCGCGCGCCAGUCUCACUGUGUCGUCAUGAUGUGCGGCUACUACUGCACUAAACACAGCCUGACCGCGCUCAACGUGCUCUACGUGCUGGUGAGUGUGCUGCUGCUGGGAGUGGCCAGUUGGGGCAGCCUGUUUGCUCUGGUGUCCAGUGUGCAGGUGGUGGGCGGGAUCAUGGGCGUUGGCUGCUUCCUGUUUGUUGUGGCGUUUAUGGGGCUGUGCGGUGCGCUGAGACACAACCAGAUCCUCCUCUUCUUUUACAUGCUCAUCCUGUUUGUGGUGUUUGUGAUGCAGUUUUCAGUGUCCUGUGCCUCUCUCACCCUCAGCAAACAACAACAGGACCAUUUGCUGGAGGUGGGGUGGAACAGGUCGGAGGUGACGCAGAGGGAUGUGGAGCGAACUCUGAACUGCUGCGGAUUCACGCACAUCAACAACUCCACCUGUACAGCUAGCUGUCUGAAGGAGGCGCUCUCCUGUCAGCCCUGCUCAGACAUCAUCACUCGCUACACUGGGAAUAUCCUGAGGUUUGUCGGAGGAAUCGCACUCUUCUUCAGCUUCACAGAGAUCCUGGGCGUGUGGCUGGCAUAUAGAUUCAGAAACCUGAAAGACCCCAGGAAACCCCCCGGAGCUUUUCUCUAGAGCUACAAAUAAACGGCUCAUUUC